CGCCCCCUCGCCGGGUGCCAUGGCGGCGUCCGCGCAGGCCGCGGCGCUGAGCGCGGAACAGGCUAAGGCGGUGCUGGCGGAGGUGAUCAAGGCUUUCGGGGCGCCCGAGAACGCGCAGCGCAUGGAGGAGGCUCGGGACAACGCCUGCAACGACAUGGGCAAGAUGCUGCAGUUCCUCCUGCCCGUGGCCACCCAGAUCCAGCAGGACGUGAUCAAAGCCUACGGCUUCAGCAACGACGGCGAAGGGGUCCUGAAGUUCGCCCGGCUGAUCAAGUCCUACGAGUCGCAGGACCCGGAGAUCGCCAGCAUGUCGGGCAAGCUCAAGGCCAUGUUCCUGCCGCCCAUGACGCUGCCGCCGCACGGGGCCGGGACCGGCGGAGUGGCAGCUUCCUGAGGCCGUGGACCUCUCCUGCCCCGCCGGGUCGCGGUGCUCUGGCUGGUGCCCUCCUUCCAAGGUGCGGGUCCCAUCAGCCCCGGGAACGGAGCGCUUGAGCAAGGGAGACGCUGACCUGAAAGGAACAGGAUGCUUUGUGCCUGCUUGCGCAUCUGCUCGUGAAUAAAAAAUGUCUUGAAAAUGCCCUUGUUUUAUGAAUGAACGUGAGCUCAGCAGUGCUCCUCAGGCACAGAUGCUUCUCCCUGGUGCAGAGGCAGUUACAGCAGUGCCCGCCUCAUGCCUGAUGAAACCUGUGCUAGUGUUUUGAGGGGCCCAGUAUGUACCAAGUUCUGCAAAAAGGUAAUUGUUU